ACUAUGAAACAGAGCCGUUGUCAAUUUAUUUCUCUCGCAUUUUUCAGCUUUCUCUCCAUGUAUUUAUAUUUUUUUAUCAUGGAAAAUCUUGACAGAUUUUCUCUAAGAGUACUUUUUCAGAACUGAGAGCACUAUUGUUGUCAUGCUGCUUUACCCUUCAAAGAAAUCAUAGCUUGGUUCGGCUUGAGGGUGCUUUGUUACGGAUCUGACAAAUUAAGGUGUGCGUUAAGUGUGUGUGCGAUGUGGUUGGAAAGAGAGAAAGAAAGUGAAACAAAACCCUCCAAAGUAAAAGCAAGAAACAGCUCGUUUUUUGCUUCCAUGGAAGCUACGCACAUUUUGUGUCUCAUUUUACUGGUGGAGUUUGUUUUCUUUCAAGUAAAUUCAGACCCAGUUGAGGAUAAGCAGGCAUUGCUUGAUUUUGUGAACAAUUUGCCACAUUCUCGGUCUUUGAACUGGAAUGAGAGCUCUCCUGUUUGCAAUAACUGGACUGGAGUCAUUUGCAGUGGAGAUGGGACUCGUGUGAUUGCUGUCAGAUUGCCUGGUGUUGGAUUUCAUGGCCCAAUUCCACCAAACACUCUUAGUCGUCUCUCAGCAUUGCAGAUUUUGAGCCUUAGAUCCAAUGGUAUUAGUGGGGAGUUUCCUUUCGAUAUCUCUAAUUUAAAGAACUUGUCUUUUCUUUAUCUUCAAUAUAAUAAUUUAUCUGGGUCACUGCCAGUUGAUUUCUCACUUUGGCCUAAUCUUACAAUUGUUAAUCUGUCCAAUAAUCGGUUUAAUGGUAGUAUUCCAUAUUCGUUUUCGAACUUGAGUCACCUUGCUGCUUUGAAUCUCGCAAACAAUUCGCUUUCCGGUGAAGUCCCUGAUUUUAAUUUGUCAAAUCUGCAUCAGAUAAACUUGUCUAAUAAUAAUCUUAGUGGGAGUGUACCAAGGUCACUUAGAAGAUUCCCUAACUCAGUGUUUUCUGGUAACAAUAUUCCAUUUGAAACUUUUCCUCCUCAUGCUUCGCCGGUUGUUACUCCAUCUGACACACCUUAUCCAAGAUCUAGGAAUAAGAGGGGACUUGGUGAAAAAACUUUGCUAGGGAUUAUAGUUGCUUCUUGUGUUUUGGGGCUUUUAGCAUUUGUUUUCUUCAUAGCUGUUUGUUGCUCGAGAAAGAAGGGCGAGGCUCAGUUUCCAGGGAAGUUGCUUAAAGGAGGAAUGUCACCGGAGAAAAUGGUGUCAAGGAGUCAGGAUGCUAAUAAUAGAUUGACUUUCUUUGAGGGGUGUAACUAUGCAUUUGAUUUGGAGGAUUUGUUGAGGGCUUCUGCAGAGGUAUUGGGAAAGGGUACAUUUGGUAUGGCUUACAAGGCGAUUCUGGAGGAUGCAACCACGGUGGUCGUGAAGAGGUUGAAGGAAGUGAGUGUUGGCAAGAGGGACUUCGAGCAGCAGAUGGAGGUUGUUGGAAGUAUUCGGCAGGAGAAUGUGGUUGAACUGAAAGCUUAUUACUAUUCCAAAGAUGAGAAGCUGAUGGUGUAUGAUUAUUACAAUCAGGGGAGCAUUUCUUCCAUGCUACAUGGAAAAAGAGGAGGUGAGCGAGUCCCACUUGAUUGGGACACCAGAAUGAGAAUUGCGAUAGGUGCAGCAAGAGGCAUUGCCUGUAUCCAUGCAGAGAAUGGCGGGAAAUUUGUCCAUGGAAACAUCAAAUCCUCAAACAUCUUUCUUAAUUCUCAGCAGUAUGGAUGUGUAUCUGAUCUUGGUUUAGCGACUAUAACAAGCCCAUUAGCCCCACCUAUUGCUCGCGCUGCUGGUUAUCGUGCCCCUGAAGUAGCAGACACCCGGAAAGCUGCGCAGCCUUCUGAUGUCUACAGCUUUGGAGUGGUGUUAUUGGAGCUUCUUACUGGGAAGUCCCCAAUUCAUACCACGGGUGGUGAUGAGAUUAUCCACUUAGUCAGGUGGGUUCAUUCUGUUGUUAGAGAGGAGUGGACAGCUGAAGUGUUUGACGUUGAGCUGAUGAGGUAUCCUAAUAUCGAAGAAGAGAUGGUGGAGAUGUUGCAGAUAGCAAUGUCCUGCGUGGCGAGGAUGCCAGAUAAAAGACCUAAAAUGACGGAUGUGGUGAGAAUGAUAGAGAAUGUCCGACAGAUGGACACUGAGAAUCACCAAUCUCCUCAAAACAGAUCUGAAAGUUCUACACCACCACCUCUGGUGAUUGAAAGAGAAUCCUGAAUCUCAGUAAGAGCAAGCUGAGCCACCGGGUCUGCCUUUUUCUUUAUUUUUUAAAUCUUUUUAUUAUUAUUUUCUCCAGUCUGGUUGUUUAUCAUCAUCUCAAUUUUUCCGAACUGUUCCAAUGAACUAAUUCCGAUGAAACUUUUAUCAUCUAGAAUCUAGAGAGGUGAGGUAGGUCAAAUCAGCAUAUCAGUGGACUGUUGACGCCCGAGAAAGUGGUUCUGUACAUCAGCAGCUUAUUGAUCCAUGUAAAUGUUAAAACAUUCUCUCUCAACUGAUAUGAUUGAUUGAAUGCAAAAUCAUGCUAGUUGCAUAUUUCAUGAAUUAUUACUUCGCAGGGCAAAUAUUGAUGCCCCACUGUGAUUGAUCGUCUGAAAACCAGUUUGCUUUGGUGCUAAAAACUGAUAUUCUGGGAGUGUAAUGUUUAUCAUCAUCUCAAUUUUUCCGAACUGUUCCAAUAAAUAAUUCCGAUGAAACUUUUAUCAUCUAGAACCUAGAGAGGUGAGGUAGGUCAAAUCAGCAUAUCAGUGGACUGUUGACGCCCGAGAAAGUGGUUCUGUACAUCAGCAGCUUAUUGAUCCAUGUAAAUGUUAAAACAUUCUCUCUCAACUGAUAUGAUUGAUUGAAUGCAAAAUCAUGCUAGUUGCAUAUUUCAUGAA